AAUAGUCCAUGAUGUUGAAGGCUAUCUAACUAUUGGUUUAAUAUAUCCAAGUUUAUGUAAUUUAAAAGAAAUUCUUGAAACUGAAUUUAUUCAAAUGGAAACUGAUGUAGCAAAAAAUUGUAAAAAAGCAAUCUUAGAAGAUUUACAAUCAAAAUGGAAAUUUCCUCAAGAACUUAUUUAA